UCACUCAUUUGGCCAGUCACGGGGCCAAAACCAGUGUUUGGAGCCACAGUGUGGCGGUGGAGGCAGCAGCAAUGGGAGGCCAUACAGCAACCUAUGACAAAAUGGAAACCAGCAGGAGUGUGAGGAGACCUGAAAGUGGCACAUGGCAGAGUGGGAGCAAUGGGAGGCGGUACAAGGACCAAUGUCACACUGUGGACCCAGCAGCAGCGUGACCAGGCGGUACGGGGGCCCAUGGCAGAUUACAGGCCUGGCAGCAGCAAUGGGAGGCCCGUAAUCUGCCAGCACCCUAUGACAAAAAAUGUAACACACCAGCAGUGUGUGAGGAGACCUGAAAGUGGCACAUGGCAGAGUGUGCAGCAAUGGGAGGCCGUACAGGGACCCAUGACACACUCU